AUGACCGGUCCGUCCAUUCAAGAUCGCACGGGCGAAUUCCACGCCAUUCUGGGCCAGGCCCAGAAACGCAUGGCUUCGUCGAAGGUGGGAGCGCAGCGACAGAACCUGCUGUCGGAGACCCAGCGACGACAGGCCAACGGGUACGAGGACGGAAAUGCCCCGGGCGGCAAGAGAUCGCGGUCGGAGUUUGCCAGGAAAGCGGCUGAAAUCGGUCGCGGCAUCACGGGGACCACGGCGAAACUACAGAGACUGGCAGAGUUGGCGAAGCGAAAGACCCUCUUCGACGAUAAGCCCGUCGAGAUCUCGGAAUUGACCUACGUGAUCAAACAAGAUCUGGCGUCGCUGAACCAGCAGAUCGCGGGUCUGCAGGCGCUUACGCUCUCGCAACAUCCCAAGUCUAAUCGGUCGAAGGCGGACCAGGAGGGAGAACAUAAUGAUAACGUUGUGGUGAUGCUGCAAGGCAAGCUGGCCGAUGUAGGCGCCAACUUCAAGGAAGUGCUGGAGGUCCGCACCAAGAACAUCCAAGCGUCGCGCUCCCGAACCGAGAACUUUGUAUCGUCCGUGUCGUCGAAGUCGCAGUCCGCACUGGAUACGCAGCGGUCGGAUUCUCCGCUGUAUAACCCCUCCGGACGACGAACACCCCAGCCGGGCGGCGCCUCCGAUCUGUUGACACUGGAGCCCUCGAACCCGUCGCCGCUGAGUCGUCCGUCCAUGCACUCAGACCAACAAUUACUGGUGAUGGAGGAGGCGCAGUCGAGUAACUCGUACAUCCAGGCGCGUGGGGAAGCGAUCGAUGCCAUCGAACGCACCAUCAACGAACUCGGUGGGAUCUUUGGCCAAUUGGCGCAGAUGGUCAGCGAGCAAUCGGAGAUGAUCCAGCGGAUAGACGCCAACACCGAAGACGUGGUGGAUAACGUGCAAGGAGCGCAACGUGAACUAAUGAAAUACUGGGUGCGAGUAUCUGGGAACCGGUGGUUGGUUGCUAAAAUGUUUGGAGUUUUGAUGAUCUUCUUUCUUCUCUGGGUGUUGAUCUCUGGAUAG